AAGAGAAAAAGAAAAUUGACGUUCAUUACCUUGAGAACGUACUGAAGCUUGGCUGUGGCAGAAUCUCUCUGCGUAGAAAUCUCGGAUACGUAAAAUAACCUUUUUUUCCCCUUUGGGUGUGCCUACAGAGCCGGUGCCGGGGGGAUACUACCCGACGACCAGUGGGGAGCGCCCCCCCCACCUCCCCCAGCCGUUCCUGGUGGUGGAGCCCAACAUCCUGACGACGAAGGUGUCCUACCGCGCCGCCUCGCUCCCCUUGCACCAGCAGGAGCCGUACUACGAGGACCUCAAGUACGAGACCUUCCUCACCUACAUGUACGAGCGGGACCUGAGCGAGAGGAAGUACUGGGACAGCCUGAUAGCUACGAGCACGCUGGAGGACAUCCGGGCGAAGGCAGUGCGGGUCUCCGUCAGGAAGAACAACGACACGGCGGAGCUGCUGGGCCACUGGUUCGUGUCGUACUCGGGCGUCGGGGCGGUGGUGAGCGUCAUCGUGUCCUACAACAACUCCGGCGGCGCCCUCUACUCCGCCGCCGUGUCCUACGGCUGUGACUUCAUCGGCGCCGAGGAGUACCGCUGCACCAAGCUGGUGAAUCCCUUGGCCAAGCUGUUCUGUGCGUCGCUGCCCUUCAUUGGCGGCCUCCUCCUGUUGGUGGGGCAUCGCUGGCUGAACUUCACCAUGUUCACGUCGGGAUUCCUGUUCAGCUGGUGCUUCUUGUUCAUGCUGUGCGCUCAGGACACCCACAGCAACAUUGAUGCCCUGGGGUUAGGGACUCUGGUGGGAGCCCUGCUGGGAGGUAUCCUGUGGCUGAUCGCCUGGCACCGCUUCCAGAGGCCCUUCCACUCCUCCCUGCUGCUCAUCAUCAUGAACGUCAUCUUUGUUGGCAUGGUUGUGACUUACUUCCUGAGGUAUGCCAUCGUCCCGAGCUCCACAAACUUGGCGGCCUUUGUAGUGUUCCCCAUUUUCUUUGCCAUCGUCAUCAUUGCCUACUCCAUCGUUGACAUCAAGAAGGUGCACAUAUUCUCAUGUACAUUCCUAGGUUCUUAUGCAAUAGUGGUCCCAUUUGCAUUUUACUUUGGAUCAUCCCUGACUUACAUUGUAAUAAAUGUGAUUGCUCUGGACACUGUGGCGCACUACUCAGAGGCAAUCGGUUUCCCUCCAUUUGAAGUCUGUGAUAUCAUCUUACUCUGCCUGUGGGUCGUCCUCUUUGUCGUGGGCAUGGCUUACCAGCUGUCCCGCGAGCGCUCAGGACCCCCCUUCCACCCUCCAAGUCUGGCGUCCUGGAGAGCCACCCAGAAGAUGGCUAACUUUGUCUUUGAUAAGGUCUUCGCCUGCUUGCCUAUGGACCCUGACCCUGGAGGGGCAGGCAUUGAGGACCAGCCUACGUGGAGGCUCAGGCUGAGCUACUGCUUCAGGUUGGUGCGGCAGAAGGUCUCCUGCAGGAGGCACGACGAGACAGAAUCGGGCUACGAAAGCUUCCAGAGAGUGCGGUCCAUGUCUCAGAGCGGCGACGAACCUGAUCCAGAGUUUUCCGUGCCGCUGUUCACAAGGAUAAAGGAGAGGGUUGAUGAGUGGAUUGAGAGUAUCCGUUCGCGCUUCAGGAGAGAGGACGAGGAAUUGCUGCAGCAGACAGAGGUUUCACCGGAGAGGAGUGAGGAUGAGGAGCAGCUGCAGGACGUGUCCGUUUCGUGCUGCAAUUUUCGGAAGAGUCAGGUGGUCCUCGACGAUGCUUACACUAACAGUAAUGCCGAACAAGAGACGUGAAAAAAACCUCACUCAUGAUUUCCUUCGUUUUUUUUUUUUUUUUUUUUUUUUUUUUUCUCUCUCUUUUAUUCUCCUUUUCUGGUUUGUUCCAUGUGGAAUUUUCCCCUUUUUUCAAUUACUUUUCCUUCAUCGCGAUUCUCAAAUUAACUGUGCAGAUAAUGCAGUAUUUUAUGAUUAAUUGGUAAAUAGUAAUUGUAAAUGCAUCAAUGCCAGAAAGGUCAAGAUAGACAGGUACUUCACAGCCCUGGUGCUUCUACUCCAGUGAAGGUCUCAAUACGUCUUUUUUUUAAAGGUUGUUUGUUUUGUUAAUGUAUUACUUAUAGAUUUUUUAAAUGCAAUUUCCUUAUUUUAGUAAUUAAGUUGAAUAUUUAUUUGGUAAGGUUUGACUAUGAUAUUCUGAUCCAGUUUAAGAAAAAAAAAUAAUUGAAUGAUUUGCACAACUUGCUUAAAACUUGCACCUUCAUUUCAAUAGAUAGCACAUAUUUUGUGACGCUUUCCAUUUUGAAGUGUUGCUUCAAGUAUAAUUUCAUAAAUAUCUAAAUAUAAUGUUAAUCUCCACUUCUGAUCAUUUUGGGGGGAGGGAGGGGGGCAGCAGGGACAAAGUUAUUUUCAUUUGAAUGCUUUUGAUAGUGAAUAUAUAGCAGCUGUGAUCUUUACAUUAUUUAGUCAGUACCUUUCUGUUGUGCUAUGUUGGUAAACUGUGUGCUAUUACGAAUUGCAUUUUAUGUUAAUAAGAGUAUUGCUUAAUUAUAGAUCUGUUAAUUUAACAUGAGGUAGCUAUAUUUUUGCCCCAUCUUUACAUUACAUGAUGUACACUUUUGAGAAUGAUUCAGCUCUUCAUGUGGUAGUGAUUAUUGGUCUAGAUUCUAUAUCUUUUUGAUACUUACAUUUAGACUAACUUUGGUGACUGUAUGUACGGAUUUUAUACUUGGUGGGACAUUUUUUCAGUGGGUAGACAGUUGAAUUAACACUGAUUUUGGAUAAUUUUGUCAUAUAAAAGAAAAAAGAAAUAAAAAAUAGAGAGACCUGUUAUAGCUCUUGCCUGUUUCAUGACUGAGAUUCACAUUUUGGAUAAAUAAUGAUUCUUGAGACUGGUUUCUACUUCAUAGGAACGUUCCAUUGCAAUGUCACCAAACUAACUGGUGUAAGUGGCUUCUGAAAUUUCCAAUAAGUGGGAUUAAUACAAAGCAAACAUGAAAUCUCCAACGUUCUUGAAUUCAGUCCUCCAGUUUUGUACAAAGUUGCAGUGGCUAUUGUUUAUCAUGAAACCAUAGUUUCAACUUGGUCGUGAGUUUACUCAGGAAAUGAAUAGAGAUGUUGUAAUAGUGUUGUUAGUUUAGGAAGUGCAAAAUUUAUAGACCCUUCAUCACUUUCUCUCUCUUUGUUCCCCAUUUCUUCCCCAUUCAUUAGGUGUGUGGUGUGAUUGUCAGGUUGUAUGUGAGUGAGUGUGCUUGCACUUAUGAACAAUCACAAACUUCACUUUUCAUCCAGAGUUUAAAAUGUUAUCAAGUUUAAAAUAAGUGCUUUUGUGAUGAUCCCAAAGACCAUCUGUUGCUGUAAUUCUUGCCACAUGAAUAUUUAUCAACAUGAAAUUAUUGUUAAAAAAAAAAGAAGUUAAAAUAAUUACACAUUUAUUCUGUGAUACCUUUGAUAAUUGACAUGCCUAGGUUGUUGAUUUUGAAUUAUGCUGGCUAUGCAGACUUUGUCACCAAUUUACCUGCUUCUUCCAUUAGUUGUUAUAAUUGGAGAUACAGUUCCCUUUAAAAUGUCUUUUUUCUUCAGCCCUUUCCCAGUUUGCACAAUAAUGAAACACUAGAGUGCCUUUUGCAAUGUAUGACUUUGAUCUCAAGCCGUAGGAAAACGUGGUAUUAUUUGUAAUAGACGACAAGUGUCCCUUUACCCUUGUUUACUCAGACACUCUCGUAAAUGUCUUGACUUCGAGGUUGUAGUCGGUGGUCACAAGAGACAGUGAGUGGUGCAGUAUCUCCAGUCUGGUCAGCAUAUAUUCUCAAACCUUGUGAUAAAGUGACUGCGUGACGAUAAAUACGAAGAGGUGCAAGUGCUUAUUCCGUUCAUGCAGGGUGUCUGUCCAUUACAUUAGAUCAUUAUGAUUCAGAUAAAUAAAACUUAAUGUCACAAUCAUCAGCCAUAAUCAGAGGUUCAGCGCAUCAGGUUGUCAAAAUGAGUAACCUCUUAUUCAUAAGUCUAUUAUGAAAAAGAACUAUACAUUUUCUAACUUCAUUUUCACAUUCCAGUUCCUUUAUUACUAUUAUUAUCAUUAUUAUAAUUAUUGGCAUUGUUAUUAUUAUUAUUGUUAUUAUUAAUAUUAUUAUUGUUAUUAUUAUUAUAAUUAUUAUUAUUAUUAUUAUUAUUAUUAUUAUUAUUAUUACUGAUGUUAUUAUUAUUGUUAUCAGCAUCAUCAUUAUUAUUAUAAUUAUUAUUAUUAUUAUUAUCAUUAUUAUGAAAAAGACAAGAUUAUGACUGAUGGUUUGUGCUAAUGAUAUGUACUUUCCAUAAUGAUUUUGGUGCAUAAAUUUUGAAAUGUAAACUUAUUAAUCAUUAAUAUAUUUAUUUAUGCAUUUC